AUGGGACGUAAAGAUGGAAAGCAGAAUAAUAAAUAUCUUCAGCAAAAGCGAAAAGAACUUCUUACCCUGAUAAACAAAGUACUCAAACUUACCAGCGUAUUUCAAACUCCGGGUAAUGCAUUGAAAAGCUGGGAUCAUCAUUUGGAAAUUGAUUCUAUAAUUCGGGAGAUUAUUAAUAUUGAAACUUCCUUCGAUAGUAAAGAUAAUAAGACAAAUCGUUAUACAAAUCUAAAAAAAUAUGUAAAUUGGUUGCAUGAGAAUGGAGCACAGUUUGAAGAUGUUGAAAUAAGUGAUUUCGAAGGUUUUGACUUGGGGUUGAAGGCAAUGAAAGAUUUCCCUGAGGAUUCCCUUAUUCUUACUGUACCAAGCAAAAUUAUGAUGAGUGAGAAGGAUGCCCUUGAAUCCGAAUUGAGUCUCUUCAUGAACUUAGAUCCAAUAUUAAAAAAUAUGCCUAAUAUAACACUAGCACUGUUUUUAUUGUUAGAGAAAAGAAAAGAAGAUUCAUUUUGGAAACCUUACAUUGAUAUUCUUCCUGACAAAUAUAACACAGUGUUAUAUUUCACAUCAACAGAACUGGCUGAGAUCAAGCCAUCACCAGUGUUUGAAUCUUCAUUAAAACUUUAUAGAAGUAUUGCUAGACAGUAUGCUUACUUUUACAGUAAAAUUCACACUAUGAAUUUACCAGUGUUGAAAAAACUACAAGAUAUCUUCACUUACAAUAACUACAGGUAA